UGGGCAGCUGCAGCGUCGGACUCCGGCCAAUGGCAACGGCAGAUGAUUCGCCAGAGGAAAAACCAUCCCUGGAGCUGGACCGAGAAGAUGUCCAGCGUUUGAAGGAGAUCAUGCGUCCUGAUCCUGAUUGGAUUGCCUUCUCUUCCACUGAAGCGCGCUGGAUCAACUUCAAUGCGCAGAUGAGAGCAGUUUUUGGGCGAAGCCGAAGCUGCCGCUGUGAUGAAGAGAUGGUCAAUGCUUGGAUUGAUGACGCGAUGAGCGUGCUAUUCCACUGGAUCUCGAAACAGAUCAUUGUGACAGAAUCAAGGGCGGCUCUUUUCCGUUCACUGGGAAGAGGUUGGAUUUGGAUUCAGCUCUCCUCCUCAGGGGUUGGCAGGGAAGACAAAAGCAAGCUGCCCGAAGAGCAACGCACACGAUUCAAGUGGUGGUUUGAAAAUCUCAGCAGAGUUCUCAGGAAUCGGCAACACGACAUCCAGAAGCUGAAGUUGAAGGGUGACAUGCUGAAAAAAUACACCACCGGCUACAUGCCCAUGUCAGAGUUGGUUUUCCUCAUCUAUGGAAUCGCUCCCGCCAUGCCAAUCAUCGGCAUACAAAAGUGGUCACCUCACUACAAGGAAGUUGACCGCUGGGCAAAAGAUGACAUAGUGAAGAGAGCGGUGGAAAAGCCGUUGGCGUCUGAGGCGGAAAGGCAGGAAUAUGCAGCUCACGUGGAGCAACAGAAGACACGGAAACAGCGACAGAGAGAGCGGCAGAGGCUCAAGAAGCAGCAGCAAAACGAAUCACAGCAAGCCAGUUUGUCCAGACCUGCUCGGAUGGAGCAAUCCAACAUGGAAUUUGAAAGCUUGUUGGCAUCCCUUAAGAAGGAAGCUGGCUUGAUGCCUGGAGAGCACAGUGAGCCGGAACUGGCUGACCUUUCACUUCUUGAUGAGCACUUAGACGUCGACGACGGCGCAGCUGUCCACUGAUGCGCAAAAAGGUGAGCGCAUGCUGCUUUCCCCGUGCCACUUUGUGUAGCUUCUCGAUUGCCGAUAUUAACUUGCAUUGUUCAAUUAUGUCUCACAUUGCCAGCAGCGCUGACGUAAAGUGCCUAUGUUUAGUCUCAACUUCUCAACCUGUACCCCUUCAGCUUUAUCAGAAAGUUGUGCUCAGAUGGACUGAGCAUACCUCUCCUCAGACUGGGUUUAAGAGAGAGAAAGCAACGAUUGCAAAGGGCCCGAGCUGGGGACUGUGGUACUGCACUUUUUCUUGUUUCUCAUAUGCUUCUAC